AUGGCGACAUAUCAGGAGAUCGUCGACGACAGCGACACUUCACUGGAAAUCCCCGAGCCUCACGAGCUCCUCGACGCUCGUCACAAAGUCAGCGCGGCACAACUCGUUGUCGACGAUUUGAAGGAGGCCCUCAAGGCAGCCAAAUCGAGACUCGCACGACUCAAGGCCGAGCAAGCAGAUCUCGAGCUUGCUGCGAAGCUUCGCAAGACUGCUCUGCCCGAGCAGCUGCUUUUCACGAACACUGAAAGCAAGGCAACCUUGCAUACCGGCUCUGACUCCAUCAAAGACAACGUAGCCGACCCUCCUCAAGUUGGCUAUCCACCCGACGGUUAUGUCGUCCUAGGUGGCUCGACCCCGCCGUCGUCUUAUUGCAAGGAUUAUCUCGGCGAUGACUUUCACCAGGUACUGCUUCUCUUCGAGACCCAAUGCGGCCAAGCGCGCCACGACGCCGGCGCGGGUGAUGACGCUGCGGUCUCGCUGGGAACGAUGCCGGAGCCGGAUCCGGAGCCAACGCCGGCAACGGUGCUUCCGGCUGCUACCGCAUCGUCUCAGGCACCCUGCGCAGACUGCGGCGGAGUCUCGGAGUCGACAAUGCGCUUCGUUGUUGGCGAGUCUGGUCAAAAUGCCUCGGCUACCUCCUGCUGGCCUUGCUUCAGGAAUGUCAUGCUGGUCUUGCAGUCUCAUCGAUCAAGACAACAGUCAGACGCAACUCCCUGCGAGUUUAUACACGGAAGAAGGCUCUCCUCCUGCGCUCUUUCAACACGAAUGUCUACAAACUCGCAACGGACAAGGAGACACGCGCUCGAUGCGCAUCGACGGCACAGUUCCGAGUCUAUCUCCACGUAUGGCGUCUUCUCGCUUGACCAGAAAGCAGUUCAGGUAUUCCAACGAUUCCUGGGAACCACCAAAUUUGCACACGGCAAUGGCAAAACGGCACAGCUCCUUGUCCGAAUCUUCAAGGAACUAGCAGCUCGACACUCUGCGUUCAUGAGAAUCCAUCGCACCAACAAGGGCGCUCAAACGGAAUGGGACGCUCGCACGCUCGAGGAAAUGUCGAAGGAAGAGAGAGACCCUUGA